CAUUUUAAACUAUCUGGAACAACAAAGGAGAAACAAAGAAAGUUAGUAACUAUGGUGUUGUAUGCAAUUAUAUCACGUCUCAGUGAUGGGUUACCGCUGUCGGCAACCACAGAUCAUGAGCCAAACAGAAGUGUUUUGGAAAGCAAGAAGUUUGCCAAAAUGUUAUCAAAAAGAGCCUCUCAAUACCCGGACAGGUGUUCUCUCUUCACAGGAAGCCACUGGUUACACUUCAUAUCAGCCAUUGGCGUGUGCUUUACUACUAUGUGUGAGGAGAAUUAUCCGUCGGUACUAGCUUUCUGUUUUUUGAAGGAGUUACAAAAUGAAUUCAUCACAACCUACGAUGGAAAACGAGUUGCCAAUGCCCUUCGACCGUAUGCGCUAAUUGAGUUUGAUACUUUCAUACAAAAGACAAAAACAAGGUUUAACAACACACGAACAUUGUCUUCCAAGAUAAAUCUGACUGAAAUGACAAUGGAGGUCAAAUUAAGGCCCCCAUUCCAGUUGACCUUAGAUGACCUAGGGUUCAAUAAUCCCCAUAACAGCUAUGGAUAUUCAUCAGGUCAAGUGCAAAAUAGUACAGACACCUCAUAUAAACCAAACCAAGGUCAUGCCAAGCAACUUAUGAAGCUGGAGUGGACAGGCAUGCUCUGUAUACUCUUGAGUUUAUUUUGUAUGGUCAUCAAUUUUGCCAGGCUCAUCUCAUUGGUCAACUAUUUACCCACAAUGAUAGAUGAUGACCCAAAAAUAAUGACACCGUACAUAAUGGCAUUUGGUCUUGCUACUGUUGUCAAUAUCUACCAAAUUUCUCUGCUAAUCUGGUUUGUGAGAUGGAGAGGUUUAAAGAACAUCAUCUCUUUUAACAUCCUCCUUGUCUGCAACAUCUACCUGUUCAUGCAUCACAUGCGCGACCUCUGGAUGAUUGUCUUUCACAUCCUUGUCACGGUCUGUUGCACAUAUGAGAUCUACCAUCGAAGGUUGAAGGUUAAGCUUUCAGACUAUACAGUGUAAAACACAAAGAGGGCGCAAAUGGAUUGAGUAACCUGAUUACAUGAACUCAACCAAUCUGUGUAGGUUACUGAGGCCAGCAUUACCAGAGUACCAUAACAAGAUUGGCUGACAUUGACAGAAAACAUUCAAUGGUACCUGCAAUGUUCAGCUGACAAAACUUUGCAUGUAUUUGAGUGUAUUCGUGCUUAUUAAAAUUCAAAUGAUUGGAUGCAUUUUGGUACUUGGAACUCUACGGAAGCGCCUCAAAAAUUGUUACGAACGAUUUGUAUGUAUCCAGACUUACGAUAUUAUUUAUUGCAUGAUACAUUUUGCAUAUUUUUUUGCGGGUAUUUUUUGAUACACUACAUUAAAAUUUCUCUAGUUUUUUUUUUUAAUUACCAAAGAUUUAUAUUUCUCUGGCCAAAUUGUUACACACAUUUUUGGGAAAUAAUGUAGUGCAAGCAAUAUGAUAUUUGGUUUCCACUGCCUAUAAUUUAAUAAUUGGACAUUUAGUUUUAUUUUCACAUACACUGUCAAAAAAAAGGUAGGUUCAAUUUGAUGAAAAAUUCUACCUACCAGGUGUGCUAUGUUUUUGGGAAUAUAUAUACUGUACUGUAUUUAAUUAACACUGCAUUUGUUGGUGAUGACCAAUACAUUAAUAUUUUCUUUUCAUAUUUACUAAUAUUUAUACUUUGACCAAAAUACUUAUUUUUAAUACUAUUAUUUUUAUGUAUUUUAUUUUGUAUGUAGGCUUAUUUCUCUUUUUUAUGAUUGAUAAAAUAGUAACACAAGGCAUAAUAAUAUUUAAUAAUUACUGAGAAUAUAUUUAUUCAAUUUAUAUCAUACUAACGGUGACUUAACUGAAAACAUUUUAAAAAUCUUACAGCCAUUUUUUUUUUGUGCCAGUACUUAUGGCAGAAUACUACUGAUGUUGAAAAUAUAUUUAUGUCACUAUCCUGAUUCAGGCACAAGACUUAAAAAUGUUUUAUAGUAAUGUCAUAGUGAGGGAUGCUGCAAUAUACAGCCAAAAUUUCCGUAGCACCUAAUAAUUUGUCUUUAAUGCUAUGGGUUGCUUAAAUAAUAACAGCUGUAGAAUUUCAAACAAACAGGACAGGAUGAAGAUUUACUGUGCAACUUUUUUUUAGUUUCCACAAUGUCGGUAAUCUGACAAAUAUAAUUGUCUAGGAACAAUGCAACCACAGAUCCUGAUGGAAGUCAUUUGUUCCGGAUAUUAGACCUAUUUAUUUAUGGGUCCAGACAUAUGAUAUAUUUCUAUGUUUUUGUCUAUUUCUGUACGUCCGUAAUUAGGCAAACUGUAGACACUACGGAGGUUCAGUAGCACUUGUGAAUUCCGCUUAUAUUACCAUCAACUUCUUUAAUACCAGGCUAAUUUUGUAUACUUAAAACAUGCAUUUUCAUAGUACAUUACAGCAACUAAUAUUCACUAGGUAGUGGGGUAUCAAAUUUAACUACACUAAUAUUUUAUUUGCUUAUUUCAUAAUCGUUUCUACAUCAUAGAAGCAAUUUUUUUUUUUUAAGUUAUAAUUGGGUAACAAAUUGCAUGUGCUAUAUUGUAGUUUUAAGUUAUAUUUUCAUAAUAAAACAAUUAAAUUGAAAAAAAGCUCAUCUUACAUCUGUUAUCCUGUUUCCUUCUGGCUUCCAAUAUAAAUGGUGCAUUGUUGCUACUGUAUAUUUGUAAAAAGGUGUGUUAUGUACCAGGAAGUUGUCACCCCAGGCAUAGAGCAACUGCCCUAGUUUUAUAAUAGGGAUUAUCAUCAUCAGGCAUUUAAGUUUAGUCUCUCCGUCUCACCACUUAAUUGUAUUUGGUAGGAUCCAAGCCAAAUCA